AUGGGGAGCAAAACGCAUUCGACGCCGUUGCAAAACAAGUUACAAGAACUACUCGACCGCCGACGGACAAACGCAACACUCCGUAAUCUGACAUUACCACUCCAAAAUCAGACCGACUUCUCGUCCAACGAUUUCCUGUCACUAUCCACUUCGCCACAACUCAAAUCGGAGUACCUUCAAGAGCUGCGAAGCAUUGAUUUGCCAUUGGGUAGCGGCGGGUCAAGACUCCUAGAUGGCAACUCGACGUACGCCGAACACCUGGAGCAAGAGAUUGCCAACUUCCACGGAGCUGCAUCUGGACUACUGUUCAACAGUGGUUUUGAUGCAAACGCGGGCUUCUUUGCGAGUGUACCGCAGCCGGGAGAUGUGAUAGUCUAUGAUGAGCUCGUACAUGCAAGCGUUCAUGAUGGCAUGAGGUUAUCACGAGCGGGGAAGACGAUUGCUUUUGAACACAACUCCACAUCUGCCCUAAAGAAUGUUUUGAUAGCAGUUCUUGGUGAGAAUGAGAAUGUGCGAGACAAGAGCUGUAAUGUGUUUGUGGCAUUGGAAUCCAUCUAUAGUAUGGACGGAGACGUAUGCCCUUUGAAAGAGAUGGUGGAGGUCGUAGAAGAAGUCUUGGGCCCUGAACGAGGAUACAUCGUUAUCGACGAGGCACAUUCUACUGGUGUGUUAGGACCAGAGGGGAGGGGUCUGGUAUGUGAGCUAGGCCUCGAGAAACGCGUGUUCGCACGGCUACACACGUUUGGAAAAGCGGUAGCUGCGAAUGGAGUUGCAAGUUUGUGA